UAUGAAUAAUAUUAAAUCAUUAUAAAUUUAUAAACGAAUUGUAAAUUACCUAGACUAUAGAGUAUAGACUAUAAGCUAAUAGACUCUUGUCUUUAGUGUACUGUCUACGAAUAAAAUACAAAUAUUUAAUAAUUAUUUUGAUUUAGUGAUUAGUAUUGUACGUAUAAUUAAUAUUAUAAUUUCAACUACCUAUACUUAAUAAAAAUAUAUUAUAUAUUUCUAUAUAAUAUAUUUGAUUACAUAUUAUAACUAUAAUAGUAUAUGAUAUUUAUCGAAACAAUAAUUGUAUAAUAAGUCAUGAAUUAUGAUACAUCUAGUGAGACAUCUAAUGAUGAAAUUGUUUCAAUACAUAAUGCAUAUAAAAAGGAAUUUUCUCGUCUCAGCAAAGAACAUCAAUGUAAUUUAAAUAGCCUAGAAGAAUGCUACAAGGAACAAAUAUUAUGUAUAAUUAAAGAAAAGGAUUCAGUAUCUCUUCAAUUACUAUCAAUUUUUCAAUCUUUAUAUGAGCAUUUUCAACAAAAGUUAAAAAAAUUACAGCCAAAAAAUGAUAGAGUAAUUGACAAGUCUGGUGAGAAAAUAGAUGUUAUCAAUGAAACAUACCAAUGUAUCAUAAAUGGCUAUGAAAAUAAACAACAAGAUUUAUUCAAAGAAAUUUUAGAAUUAAAAAAGAUUAUAAUGGAAGAAAAGAAGAUUAAUAUAAAUGUUUCAUCAAUUGGUUUGCUAGAAAAAGAAAAUUCUAUUUUAAAGCCAGAUUUGAAUAGUAAUGAAUCAAAAAAAAGGUUUAAGUCGAAAUUGAUAACUGGAGUUCUUAUAUGGUGCUUAUGUGUAAUAGCUUAUCAUAAAAAGGGUAAAACAUCAAAAGAAAAUUCAAAAACGGAAUAUUUACUUGAACUUGUUUUAGUUAUAACUAUGAUUUGGCAUUUGGGAAAAUUUGGAGAAGAUCGUAGACUUUGUUUACUGAAUUUAGUUAUUUGUGGAAUUAUAUGUUGUACCUUAGGAUUUUUUUUAGAAAAUUUUUAAUUGUUAAAACAUUUUUCUCAAACAAUUUAAUUUUCAGUUUUAUUGAAUAUUUAAAACUUAUAUUUUUGUUGUCUAUGUUAUUUAUUAUAGUAUAAUAUUUUUAUUAAUUUUGUAUAUCUUAGAAUUUCAGUUGAAUAUUAAUAAAAUAAUCCUUUUUAUAACCAUUAACUUAAUCGUCUGUAAAAUUAAUCCUAAGAUGCACAGUUACACACUGAAUCAAGUUUUUACCCAGUUAUCCUAUUCUUCCAAAAGAUUUUAAAAUUACAAAUUUGAAUCUAUGAAUUCAAAACGUAUUAUUAUUUAUUAUAAAUUUAAAAAUAAUUAUAGAUACUGAUUUUCAAUACAAGUAUACACAAUUAAUAUUCAGUUGAAAGUACUUGUUACAGAACUUGCAGCAUUUAUUACUAUUUUAUCAUCAUAAAUACAUUGAAGUACUUUUUAAUCUAAUAAUAAAUUAAGGAUUUUUUUUUAAGAUAAUGUAAACGGUUUUUUAAAUUUUUAUUAAAAAAAAAUGCUCGGGUUAGUACAAUAUAUUGUGAAGUAUUAUUAUAACUUCAGCAUUACAACUUAAGUGUAUAAUUAUACUUUUUUAGAGGUGUAAUGCUUGAAAUAAAAAAAGUUCAGUUAAUAUUUUAGAUAAGUUAACCCAGUUAUACUAACAUUAUAUAGGAACUAAGUUUAAAAAUAAAAAUAAAUAAUUACAAAAGUUGUA